CUAUUUUUUUUUCAAGAGAUACCAACAUGAAAACUGAAAAAAUCCUUUUGUCAAAAACGUCAGUAAUCCACUGAAGGGUGUGAAUUUUUUCAGCAGCCGAUCAAAUCUAAACCUUGAAAAUGCCAGAACUCACUGAAGUUAAAUCAGACACCCAAGCUGAAGUCAAGCCAGCAGCAACUUCUGAGAAUGCUGUUCGUAUUGAAGAUGACGCCAGCGACAGCGAUUCCGAAGACACCAUCCCAGAGUUGGAGGACGCCACAGCUGGAGCAACUCAACUCGGUGGUGGAGCAACAGGAUUGCCAAUUGAUUUGGUAUCAAAGGCCAAGCAAUCCCGUGGUGAGAAAAAAGCUCGUAAAAUCAUGCUGAAGUUGGGUCUGAAGCAGAUUCAAGGAGUGAACCGUGUCACCAUUCGCAAGUCGAAGAACAUCUUGUUUGUCAUCAACAACCCAGAUGUAUACAAGAACCCCCACAGUGACACAUACAUCAUCUUCGGAGAGGCAAAGAUUGAAGAUCUUUCACAGCAAGCUCAAGUAGCAGCUGCCGAGAAAUUCAAGGCCCCAGAAUCGGCUACUGGUGCAUCAGACACCGUAACCACAACUUCCGUGGCACCAAUUGCCGAAGAAGAUGAAGAGGAGGUCGAUGAGACUGGAGUUGAUGAAAAGGAUAUUGAACUUGUUAUCACACAGGCGAAUACCACAAGAGCCAAAGCAAUUCGAGCCCUCAAGAAUAAUAAUAACGAUAUUGUCAAUGCAAUUAUGGAGCUGACAAUGUUAUAAGCGGAACGGUGUGCAAUUCACUUUGUUUCACUAUAAUUUGCAUUUUACCCGCCUUUUGAUCAACAAAUUAAUUAACACCCAAAACAACAAUGAAUAUAAAUUGUAUUUCAAGUCAACACAACUUAACGCAAAAAAACAAAAAACAAAUCCUUUAUCCCUUGGUGAUAUAAAUAGCUCUUUUUUCGAGAAUCGCGGUUUUAUUCGUUCUGUUUCGGAUGUAGUUAGUCUGUACUAAGUAACACGAUUCAUAUGCUGUAAGAAUUCAAUGAAUAAAAUUAACUAAAACAUUGAA